AAAAAAAAAAAAAAAAAAAAAAUAAGAAUAAUAAUAAUAAAAAAUGUCUACCUGUCUAUUUUUUUUUUUCCACAAACGCACCGCUGCUCGCAGAAAACAGAACUUGUGUUUUUAACUCAAAGAAACCCUAUUUAUACAAACUCAUACCUACUACACGCACUGAAACAAUACCGUCAAUUUGCAUUGAUUAACAAAAUCGUGAUCUUGUGUCACGUUUCGUAAUUACAAAUUACAAAGUACUUAAUUAUAUAUUUUUUUAAAUUUUUCUAACCAGGAUCUCUAUGUAUCGUUUAAUAGCAUUUUCGUGUAUCAUUUAUCAUCAAUUGAAAAUAAUUAAUUGAAAAGUGAAUCACGUUUCCUCGUUAUUCAAAAUGUGAAGCGACUUUGCUUUCUUAUAAAUACGAAUAAGAGAUUCAAAAAUUAUCCAAGUUUCCAACUUACCUUACCGGCUUUGUAAUACACCGUCUGAAUAAUUUUCGUGAAAUUUAAAAAUGGAUAAAAGUACUCAAACAGAUUUUGACCAGUGUUAUUGUGCAGUAACUAGAUUUUCUCAACCUCCUUCUACUUCUCCUAACCAACAGGAACCACCGAACUCAGGAGGAUUGGUUCGACUGAGAUACAAACGUACAGUUUCAAAAAAAAGUUUAGAGGGGAAGAGAAGAGACGGUUUGGGAAAUUUAGUGAUAGUGAUAACUGAUUUUGAACAAUAAAUGGUUGGAGAGGUGGAAAAUAUUUUUUUCGUUUUAGUGUUUUUGUAAAUUGAAUAGUGUUUCUCAACCUCCUUCUACUUCUCCUAAACUUCAGCAGUCGCCAAAAGUAGUAGAAUUACCUCUUCCACUUCCUAAGGAAGAUUGGCUCGACUGGGAUACAAACGAACCGACUUAUGAUCCAACGGAGUAUGUAUUAGCCAAUCCAAUUUUAAGGAGUAUUCCACCCAAAAAAUCCAAAAGUUUCAAAAAAAAGUUUAGAGAGGAAGAGAGGAGACGGUUUGAGAAAUUUAGUGCUAGUGAUAGUGAUAAAUGAUUUUAAUAACUAUCUAAAAUGUUCUAUAAUAAGGUACCAUUUUUUUAAUAAUUUAUUUUCAAUAAUUUAUUUUUUCAUUUUUAAGGUACAAUGCCGUUUGAAAAAUUUCAUAAAAAUAUUUAUCACGACUUACGAAAAUUAUUUUCCUGAACAAUGUUCAAAUAUCGAAGAGGGUGGAGUGUUCUAUGAAGAAGAAUAUCUAGAAGGUUUAGUAAGGCUUUGCUUAGAAUGUGGAAGAACAGUGUAUCCCUUGGAUCGUCUUGCGACAGUGUCUAAACAUGAAAAACUGAAGAGUAAACAGACGCUUAAUACUGAUUUUUCUUGUAUGAAGUGUAAAAAAAAUUUACAGGAGAUUUUAAAAACGGA